AUGGGACCGGUACUGUGUGGACGAGUGCUUCCUCCUAGCGUGUUUCAGGGUGGUUGAAAAAACCAGAACAGUUUGCUGGGACACUUUGUUCACUUUCUUAGGUAAAUGACAUUUUGUUCGUACUAAAUACCCGUUGUUGGUCUUCCUAUCCGGAGAUUGUGUUUAGAAAGACGGUUAUGAGCUUGAAUGAAUCGCGGGUAGAGCGAGCAGGAAGCUAGUUAGCUUCUGUAGCAAAACAAAGGAAGCAACAUGAGUAUCUCUAAUAACCUUUAAAUGCUUAAUGUUCAGGAUGUUUUAGCCGCUUACGAUUUUAAGGUGAAUUUUUAUGGAUUUGCUUGAAGUUGUAUUCUGUUACAAUUUAAAAAGUACAACAGGACUGUAAGAUCUUCGCUAUUUGUAAAAAAAAAAAAAAAAACGUGCAAAUUUGCAUAAAUCCAAAAACCAAUUUUUCUUAAAGGGCUUCUUUAAAAAUAAAAAAUAAAAACUUUUUUCUCCCGUAUAUGGCUAAUUUUCUUUGUAAAUAGUAGGUUUUUUUGUGCCUGUUUUAUUUUUUAAUCUAACAGAAGAGGUUGACAUUUUAAAGCAGGAUAGAGUUGUUGAAGUUUCUUUGCUUUCUUUUAUUUAGGUCCACAAACCCUGCAACGAGACAUCACUGAUAACCAGGUCUCAUCUUUACAGUCAGCUAUGGACUCUCAAGGUGAGAGAGAUUGUAAGUGAAAAAGUGGUGAUAUUUUUAUGAUUUAUCCCUCGUCAUUUAAUGCCAUAUCACAGAAGAUUUUAUUUUUCUUUUUUUUUUCUUUAAUUAUUUAUUCCAGCCAAGGUAAUUUCUCAAUUUGACAAUGUCAUGUCACAUUGCAACAUUUCUUAUUCAUUGGUUGGAAGAGAGCAGGGAGAAGAAACAUCUUAUACCACCUGCCCCUCACUCAAAGUCUAAUCAUUCUAAUAAUCUAUCACUGAGCAACAUUCGUACUACAAAACAAAACAAUAAUAACAAAACAAACAGAACAGAGUUUCAAACUGAGCUAUACUGUAGUCAAACCAUGAAGUAAACAAAACAAGCAUAAUGAUAAAUAUAAAUAAAAGACAUCAUUUCAAGCUGACUUUUCUACAAGAAUCAUUGUUUACUUUUGUCAUAAUUUCUAAUAGCAUUUUCCUUUUACAUUUUCUCGGCUUGUAAAAGAUUUGUACAGGUCUUUAAUUCAUUACAUUGACAGUUCCAUAGUUUAACUCCCACUACAGAGAUACACAUCUGCUUCAGAGUUAAAACUUCCUCCUUUCUUCUCCGUCAUCUGAUCUGAUAUCAAACAGUUGUUGUAUACUUUCUGUUAACAGCUCACGAUUGGCCUUGUUUCAUUAUGAAUUUUAUUAUUGUGUUGGUUUUCCUACAAAUGAUAUUACAGUUUUUCAUAUGUCUUUGAUAAUGAAUAUCACCAGAAUGGUAAAAAUUAGCAACAAGCAUCUUAUUUCUUUAUUGCAUCCUCUAAGUUACAGCGGUGUUUAAUUCUCAUCUUAACUUUACGACAGCAAACCCUCAGCCAGUCAUGUGUGAAGUCUGUGGGACAUACUUUGAGACACGACGAGGUCUCUCCAGCCAUGCCCGCCUCCAUCUGCGACAGCUCGGUGUGACAUUGUCAGAAAGCAGCGGGGCUCCGAUUGAUCUCCUCUACCAGCUUAUCCGGGAAAGAGAUGGCUCCCUCCCUCAGUUCAAGGCUGAUUCCUCUUCCCCUGGACCCGCGCCUGUCAAGAAAACAACCCAACAGGAGGCCAGGACCCCUUCAGUAUCAGAGGACAAGCCAAAAGAGUCCUCUACCUCUCUCCUACCCCUGUCCCCCUCGGGUCUUGGGUCGGUUGAGUCUAAAACAAGAGAAAGGAACAGUUCUUCAUCGUCAGAUCACCAAACUGCAUGCAAGCCACUUUGGGCGCCGCUGGAAACGGAUGCUCCGAUUACUCUAGGUAUUUCUAUCUAUGUUGAAGAUUAGCAUUAACCCUCUCAUGUUAUUUUGUAUCCAUUCAUACUGUUCCUGUAACAUUUAUUUUUACUGAUUAAACAUGGACCACCUUUUACUCAUUGUUUUUCUAAGAUACCCAAGAUGAGGUCCAUGUGUGCCAACUCUGUGGUUGCUGGUAUGAGACCCGCAAAGGACUGUCCAGUCAUGCCCGGGCCCAUCUGCGCCAAAUAGGAAUACCUGAGAAUGAGAUCAAAGGCAGCCCGAUUGAUCAUCUCUACCAGAUCAUGGAGGAGGAAGACCUCAAGCCCAUAGAAAUUAAGCAACAAAAGGGGCCUAUCUUAGACACCCCUCCUAAAUCCUCCUCUAAACGUCCCUCUAGUCUGUCCCCCCCAGCUGCCAGCAAACGGCCUAAAGUUUCUGAGGACCGUAUCUGUAUUCUGUGCGGAGAGCAGUUUGAGAACCGGAAAGGUCUGGCCUGCCAUGCUCGCUUUCACUUAAAGCAGAUUGGAGUGGUUGAUCUGUUGGGGAAAAGCUCUGCGAUUGACGCUGUCCAAGAACUGGUCAACACUGGCAUGCUUCAAGCCUUUAACCCCUCUAAAAGAAGCAGUACACCCAGUUCGACUGCAGGCCCCGCUCCAGCCCUGUCUCCACCACCAAGCGGAUCACGGACUUCAUUUCCCUCCUCCUCCCCCUCUCUUAGUCCUGCCAAGAACACCUCUGAGCCUCCUGUGAAUAGGGCGCCAAAAGCUAAGAAAGGCUUUCGACUUGCAGUGGACCCCCUUCAUAGAAAACCUAAGUCUGAGCCUGUGGAGAUAGAGGUGUCUCUUCAACCCCAGGGAUCCAGCGACAGCAGCGACUCUCCCAUACAGAAGUCACCUGCUGCUGUUGACCCUUCAAAGCCUCUCAGUGCUGGUAAAGUAGUUUUUAAAGUCGUCAUUGCCAAAUACUAGGUGUGUCUUUGACUUAGUUUUCUAUCCAUGCUAUGGUUAACGAGGAGAAAUUGUUGUUAUACCAGCACCAAUGUUCACACUUAACCUAUAAGUCCUACUUGCACCGUUCACAGCGGCCUCCACAGAUGAACAGACCCCACCUACAGUCCUUUGUGAUUACUGCGGCCAGCUGUUCGACACCAGGAAAGCCCUGUCAUGCCACGCCCGAGCUCACCUGCGCCAACUCGGCCUCACCUGGUCAAUCAGAACAUCACCGCUCGAUCUUCUAAAAGAGUUCAUGGUGCAUGGCGAAGCAGGAGUGAAAAAGGGCAAAGCCACGUGGACACCUCAGAGCUCCAAAACGACCACGGGCAUCGUUCUUGGAGGGGAGCCUACCUCCAAAUCCAGUAUGUCUCCACUGGAUUUCUCCAUGAAAGACAAAUCUCCUGACAAGAGUGGCUCCUCACACAGUGGUAAGACAUUAAAAACACACGUUAGUCAGACAGUUAAAAAAUGGCAGAACUUUUACUUUGCAGUGGAUCAAAGUGAAGUUAUAUUGAACUCUUCUGCAUCCUCACACCAUCACUGAUGCUGGAUUUUGAAUUAUGGACUGGAAGGCAGGGUAGUUCCUCCACUCUUUAGAGUAAAGGAUGCAGCUUCCAUCAUAUCCAAGACGAAUGUCAAAUGUUGAUUUUUCUGACCACAGAAAAGUCUCCCCCAAAGAUUUAUUUUGAUUCAAGAGAUUAUGGUAUUCUACGGAGCCUGGGAGGUGACAUGAACUCUUUUUUUUUUUUUUAUUCAAAUGUGCAAUUUAUUAUCUCGGAUGUGCGUUUUAUUAUAUCGCAGGUGGGAUUUCACUGUUCGUUAAAAAACAAAAUCACUUCAUGCAAGUCUGAAUAUCGCAGACAGCAAAGUCGCUGUGCUUUAAGGAUCCUGAUGAGGUGUCUCCAACUCAAAACAAUACCAAAUAUGGCUAAGCUGUAAAGUAUCUCUUCGUGAGUAAUACCUAAAUGAAUAAAAAUGCUGUCCUUCAUCUCUCACAAAUGAGGCUCACAGAUGUUUAUUUUCAAAAACGCAUGCACAGGAUACAAGUAAAACCUAUGUACGAGAUACAUGUAAAACACACGUUCGAGAUGCUAAAUCGCACGUGCGAAUAUGAAAAAAAAAGUUACUGUCACCUUCCGGGCUCUGUAAUAUUCAGAAUAUAUCUUUGUUAUUUCAUAACAACUUUCUCUUACAGAUACAUCCUGUGAGCUUUGUGGAUUUGACUUUGAAAACCGCAAGGCCCUGGCCAGUCAUGCGAGGGCCCACCUCCGACAGCUGGGACUCAUUGAAUGGAAGGCAGACGGGGCGAGUUCACCGAUCGAACUCCUCAACGAGUUGAUUCGAAAGGACCCAACCAAGGUGACGGCGAUAACCCGGCGCUACAGAUCCGGAGAUCUCUUUAUCAAGAAGGUGGGCUGUGUUUGGCAUUUUGGUGAUAAUAAUUCCCGUUAAGAUUACAGAAUUAUAUCUUCACUCACGGUUCAACCUUUUUUUACUGUUAAAGUCUGGGAGAGCCGCUGCUUCGCCCUCACUGUCCACAGACUCCGACUCUGUGCCCAGCAGCAGCCUGAAGGCCGCCGUUCACCAUCAGCACAAGAAAGGAAGAGACGACUCAGGCUUAUCAAGACACUCACAAGGCCACACGCGGACCUUUGGAGCCCACAGUGACCCCAAUGCGCGCUCCAGAGGUGGUAAGAUAAACUAGGGCUGCUUUAUGCUCUGUUUUAGCAUUGACAUUGUCGUGCGUAAACACAAAGAAGUCAUGCAUCUUUGGUCCCACUAAAUACAAAAGAAAAACUGACAAGAUGACGAGAAGAUUUUUUUUUGUUUUUAUAAAACAUCCCUUGGAUACUGGAUGCACAUACAUUGUGGAUUGUGUGUCACUGAAAGAAACAGAAACAGCUGUAUGGCUUAAAAAUAAGUCAAAGUUGAUUCUGCUGAUCACUGACGCCGGAAUUCCACAGCAUGUAGAUCCGCUUCGCUCUGGAAUGGCAGACGGAUCAAAAACGCAAGCAUACAGCGCUCACUUGAUCUGAUCCGCUGCUGCAAGCGGAGGAGAAGCGCUUGCAAUAUUACCGAUAUCUCUCACGAGACUGGACGAGACCUCACGAGAUCUCGCGUGUUUCACCGUGAGACAUCAAAUGAGAUCAACAGUGCAUAUUAACACUCGUAUCCCCCUCCUGUUAUCACGGAAAGAACGGUUCAACGUAUUGACUUUUUUUUGAAAAUGGACUGGAUAAUUUUCUCUGUAGCCGCAUACAACUUUCACUGCCGCUUGUGCUGCGCUGCACUGAAUUGAUGCGUUGAGCUGCGGCGUCAGACAAAAAAGGCGGACGCAUUGUGUGGAAUCAUGCACUUUGAUUAUAAUGCUUGCGUGGAAUUUAGCCGUGAUACUUUCUGUAUGUUUUUUAGGGGUUCAUUCACCAAAACACGGGAGGCGAGAAGAGAAUCAGCAGCCACCACGAUCAGGUAGCAUCCCCGCUAUGCUGCCGAAGCCCCCGUUAACACCGCUGGUCAAACUGGUGGGCAAGAUCUACUCCCUCAAGUGCAGGUCAGUCUGUUAAAUUAAAGAUAUGAAGAUUUUCUCCAGAGAAAACCAUAGCGGAACAAGAGCUACAAAUGUGAGACAGUCUAAAGUUCAUGAAGGUAACGCUCCACUCUUCUCGCCGCUGUCUAGGUUCUGUGAGAAGGUCUUUCAUGGACCUCUUUCCGUUCAAGAGCAGUGGAUCUCACACUUGCAGGAGCACAUCCUGUCUCUGGGCUACAAAGGCAAAGAAUCCCCCCCAGCAGCACCAGUGGCAGCUCCAGCACUUGUCCACCCAGUGGCCAUCUAGUCCACAAAAUCUGUGGACUUUAACAUCUAUGUGGUAUCAUGUUGUUAGACUAAUACAAGUAGAUGUUCCCUUUUUCGUCCUGUAGAGGGCAGUCACGAGUCACACAAGGAAAGCAGCAGGUUUGAAGUCACUCAGGUAAAAUCCACCAGCAGCACAGAUCACAGUACAGGUAACUUGGUGUUUUUGAAGUUUUUCCUCCUUCAGUUUAAUAUUCAGUGAUUUACUAUUUCUACAUUUCUCAUUAAGGAGGAAACACAGAUUUUUUCAUAUGAAGUUAGUUUUGAAUUUCCAACAAUUUGUGUGCAAAAAUUGUCUUAAACUCUGAAUAACUAACUUGACUUAGAGAAGGAAACUUCCGAAAAGUUUUCCCUGAUCUCUCUUUUUAGUUCUUGUCAUUAACUUCAGGUAAAACUACUGAUCAUGUUUUUCAGGACUUUUUACAUUUCUAUUUUUAACACUUAUUUAAAUUAAAUUCUCUUUUGUGUAAUGUGAAA